GCCGGCCCGGAGGAGCCGAGGGGGCCGCCGCUCGCCCAGCCUGCCCGACGACAUGGGGACUCUCAGGCCCAGGCGUGCUGGUCACCAUGACAACAGAGACAGGCCCCGAUUCUGAGGUGAAGAAGGCUCAGGAGGAAGCCCCGCAGCAGCCUGAGGCAGCCGCUGCUGUGACCACCCCUGUGACUCCUGCAGGCCACGGCCACCCAGAGGCCAACUCCAAUGAGAAGCAUCUGCCCCAGCAGGAAACUCGGCCUGCUGAACAGAGCCUAGACAUGGAAGAGAAGGACUACAGUGAGGCUGAUGGCCUGUCAGAGAGGACCACACCCAGCAAGGCUCAGAAAUCGCCCCAGAAGAUUGCGAAGAAAUACAAGAGUGCCAUCUGCCGGGUCACUCUGCUCGAUGCCUCUGAGUAUGAGUGUGAGGUGGAGAAACAUGGUCGGGGCCAGGUGCUGUUUGACCUGGUCUGUGAGCACCUCAACCUCCUGGAGAAGGACUACUUUGGCCUGACCUUCUGUGAUGCCGACAGCCAAAAGAACUGGCUGGACCCCUCCAAGGAAAUCAAGAAGCAGAUCCGGAGUAGCCCAUGGAAUUUUGCCUUUACAGUAAAGUUCUACCCUCCUGACCCUGCCCAGCUGACAGAAGACAUCACGAGAUACUACCUGUGCCUGCAGCUGCGGGCAGACAUCAUCACAGGCCGGCUGCCCUGCUCCUUUGUCACACAUGCCCUACUGGGCUCCUACGCUGUGCAGGCAGAGCUGGGUGACUACGACGCCGAGGAGCAUGUGGGCAACUAUGUCAGUGAGCUCCGCUUCGCCCCUAACCAGACCCGGGAGCUGGAGGAGAGGAUCAUGGAGCUACACAAGACAUACAGAGGCAUGACGCCAGGAGAAGCUGAAAUUCACUUCCUAGAGAACGCCAAGAAGCUUUCCAUGUAUGGGGUAGACCUGCACCAUGCCAAGGACUCCGAGGGCAUCGACAUCAUGUUAGGCGUCUGUGCCAAUGGCCUGCUCAUCUACCGAGACCGGCUGAGAAUCAACCGUUUUGCCUGGCCCAAGAUUCUCAAGAUCUCCUAUAAGAGGAGUAACUUCUAUAUCAAGAUUCGGCCUGGGGAGUAUGAACAGUUUGAGAGCACAAUAGGCUUUAAGCUCCCAAACCACCGGUCAGCUAAGAGACUUUGGAAGGUCUGCAUUGAGCAUCACACAUUCUUCCGGCUGGUGUCCCCUGAACCCCCACCUAAGGGCUUCCUGGUGAUGGGCUCCAAGUUCCGGUAUAGUGGGAGGACCCAGGCACAGACCCGCCAGGCCAGCGCCCUCAUUGACCGGCCUGCACCCUUCUUUGAGCGUUCCUCUAGCAAACGGUACACCAUGUCUCGCAGCCUUGAUGGAGCAGAAUUCUCCCGCCCAGCCUCAGUCAGUGAGAACCAUGAUGCAGGACCUGAUGGUGACAAGAGGGAGGAGGAUGGCGAGUCUGGUGGGCGGCGGUCAGAGGCCGAUGAAGGAGAGGUCAGAACCCCCACCAAGAUCAAGGAGCUAAAGUUCUUAGACAAGCCAGAGGACGUCUUGCUGAAGCACCAGGCCAGCAUCAAUGAGCUUAAGAGGACCCUGAAGGAACCCAACAGCAAACUAAUCCACCGGGAUCGAGACUGGGAGCGGGAGCGCAGGCUACCCUCCUCGCCCGCCUCGCCCUCCCCCAAGGGCACGCCUGAGAAAGCCAAUGAGUCCCAGAGGACCCAGGACACCUCUCAGCAGGACUUGGUACCUGAGCCUGGAACAGACAUAGGCUUGGAAGUGUUCACUCAGAAAAGCCUCGCAGCAUCUCCUGAGGGUUCAGAACAUUGGGUACUUAUAGAAAGGCAGUACACUAGGCCAGAAGAACUCAGUCUCCUGAAAGUCGCCACGACACAGCAGGAAGAAAGUGGGGCAGGCCAUGCAGAUAUCUUUGCUGAUGGCAGACUCUCCAAAGUAGACGUUCUAGUGGACAAGUUUAAAGUUGAAGUGGCCACAGAAGAAACGGGGGAAACCAGAAGGACAAACACCCAGCAACGAGGGAGGGUGAUUGCAAGUCCUGAAGAUAUUGAAUCAGUGUGGGAGGAAAGACCCUGGAUCAGGGAAGGCCUGGGAGGGGCUUCCCUGGCUGCAAGCUGCGCGUUGGUAGAAAAGCUCCAAGAGGGCUCCCAGCUCAGGGUGGGCACUGGGGAGGCAAUCAUCAGGAACCACCAUGUCUCAGCUGGUCAGCAGGAAAGUCACACGGAGCUGAGCAAGGAGCUGGAGGAGUUCCAGACUUGUGGGAGACCCACUGCUCCAGGGACCACGACAGCAGAGGUGGACCUCCUGUCUCCAGCCUCUGACAAGGGAGUACUCCAGUCAUUUCUGCUGGACCCAGCCCAUGCAGAAGCCAGAGCCGACUCAAGUGAUGAAACCGAUACCUCCUUUGCUGAAAGGAGCUUCUAUUUAAACUACGGAGAGAAAGACUCUGAAGACCAAGUCCUCCCUUCCCACCUGGAGGAGAGAGAAGAGCACCCAGUUGCCGCUCCUGUUGAUGAGACCAGGCUGGAGCUCUUAGAGGAGCUCCCAGAGUGCUCUGUGGUAAAUUCCUCAGAUCAGCCAGGCUCUGCUGCAGGUCUUGGCAGAAACAAAGACGAAACCCACACAACUUCUUCAGAGAAAGGAACAGGACCCCCCAAGAAGCAUGGAAGACCAGAUGACCUUAAGGCCUUUGUUGAGCAGCUCAGUAAAGGCCCUUCUCCAGAGCAGACAUUUGCUGAGAACUGGGAAGAAGUCCAGCAGGGGGUGGGAGGAGAGUUGACUCACCCAACAGCCAGUGCAUCCAAAGAGGAAGAGACCCCUGUGAAUGGAGAUUUGAGGGGAAAGGUUGAGAAAAGCUCCUCAGCAGAACUGAAGAACCACUCACCUGACAGAAGAAGGGGUGUACACCCAGACCUUGAGGUCUGUGCCCUUCCUUGUACCAUCCCUCCUAAUGAUGUAAGUAAACCAGCCAAACUGGGCAGAGAAAGGGGACUGUUUCACACCCAAACAGGAGAACCUGCGACAGAGGACAGUGAGGCCUCAGCAUUUCUUCAGAUGGAGGUAAUCACCCCUAUUCCAGUCUCUCCUGAUCAGCUCGAGGCUCUGGCAGCUCCAGAGGAAGCUUCUCAAAACCCAGCCCCUCAUGGGUCAGUGGAGCCUUUGGAGCUCAGGGAUCCCUUUGGAGACCAGCGCCCUGUAUUUCUCAAACAUGUCCGUUCUCCCAACCAGAGCCUUGAUCCCAAGGACCUAGUAAGGUUAGUUGUGGCCCCCGAUGGAGGUGAGCGCAGGGCACCUCCCAUCACCAGCAGAAAGCCCAGAAUUGUCCCUGAAGAAGCUGAGGGAGCCAUAGCCCUGGGAUUGGUGUUCUCUUCAGGGAACCAAAAGGAGAUGACCUCUUUCCAGGCUGGGGGCCAAGAAGGCUCCCUGGAAGAUAUUAGCAAGACCUCAGUGGCCAACAAAAUUAGGAUAUUUGAGACCCACGGAGCUGAAACUUCCCGAGCGAGUCAGGGUGAAACAAAGGCCUUUCCAAAUGAGUUGUCUCCAGAGGCCUCCACAGGCCAGGUAGAGGAACAGCGGAAUAAGCUUUUAGACCUGGGUGUCAUCCAGCUGCAGCCCCCAGGGGACUUUGCCAGCCCGAAAGUCACACUUCCUUCAAUGAUGCUUCUGGCUACCAGACACUUUGGGAAUGGCAUUUCUACCACAUCCCACCAGGAAAGAUGCAUGGAACUAGAGUUCUUGUCCCCUGAUUCAGGCUGUGAAACCACGCUGGAGGAAGCCACUGGGAACAAAUCCGGAGAUGCGGUCAGGGAAGAGAAGCACCUCACCAGCUUAGCAGUGGACACCCCUGGGAAGGGAGGGCGCCUGAGAUUCACCGGCCCCUCAGGCCCUCAGAGAGCAGGGCUAAGGGAGGGCUCGGAGGAGAAAGUCAAACCACCACGUCCCAGGGCCCCAGAGAGCGACACAGGAGACGAGGACCAGGAUCAGGAGAGGGAUGCGGUGUUCCUGAAGGACAACCACCUGGCCAUUGAGCGCAAGUGCUCCAGCAUCACAGUCAGCUCCACGUCCAGCCUGGAGGCUGAGGUGGACUUCACGGUUAUCGGCGACUACCACGGCAGCGCCUUCGAAGACUUCUCCCGUAGCCUGCCUGAGCUCGACCGAGACAAAAGCGAUUCAGAAACUGAAGGCCUAGUGUUCUCCCGGGAUCUCAGCAAGGGGGCCCCCAGCCAGGAUGAUGAGUCUGUGGAAAUCGAGGACAGCCCGGAUCGAGGGGCCUGCUCCACCCCAGAUAUGCCCCAGUUUGAGCCAGUGAAAACAGAAACCAUGACUGUCAGUAGCCUGGCCAUCAGGAAGAAGAUUGAGCCAGAGGCUGUACUGCAGACCAGAGUCGCCACUGUGGACACCACCCAGGUUGAUGGGAGUGCUCCAGGGGGGAAGGAGUUCAUAACAACUACCCCCUCCAUCACCACAGAGACCAUAUCAACCACCAUGGAAAACAGUGUCAAGUCCGGGAAGGGGGCAGCUGCCAUGAUCCCAGGCCCACAGACGGUGGCCACGGAAAUCCGUUCUCUUUCUCCGAUCAUCGGGAAAGAUGUCCUCACCAGCACCUACGGCGCCAUCGCGGAAACCCUCUCAACCUCCACCACCACCCAUGUUACCAAAACUGUGAAAGGAGGGUUUUCUGAGACAAGGAUCGAGAAGCGAAUCAUCAUUACUGGGGACGAAGAUGUCGAUCAAGACCAGGCUCUGGCUUUAGCCAUCAAGGAGGCCAAACUACAGCAUCCUGACAUGCUGGUAACCAAAGCUGUCGUAUACAGAGAAACAGACCCAUCCCCGGAGGAGAGGGACAAGAAGCCACAGGAAUCCUGACCUCUGUGAAGAGAUGCUGGCAUUUCUGGUCCAACCCAAGCCAGAGAACCGUUAAGAAGGGGCCUUCAUUCUGGAUUCUCCGACUCAACACCGACGUCCCAGCUGCGACGGACUGUCACUGAUGAGAAACUGGGAAAGGAAAAGCAUAUAUAUAUAGAUAUAUAGAGAUAUAGAUAUAUAUACAGGAAACACCGCGUCCUUGCACUGCUGCUGGAGCUGGCUGAGCAGUCAGCGACAGCAACAACCAACAUCUCAACACCUACGUUUUCCUUUGCAGACAAACUAAAGAAUUGGUGGAAUUUUUUUCAAGAAAAAAAAAAAAAAUACAUGACAACAAUAAUCCCUUGCUCCGCGGUUCCCCAGCCUAAUGACAAAAGCAAGCCAGACCAUUCUGAUUGUAGAAGUACAACAUGACUCUGGUUCUGCACGUUACAUUUAGUGGACGAGCAUUCCAUUUGUUUUUCCACCGUCUGUUGCCCACUUGAAUGCAAAGGAAAAUACUUUUGCAAGCAAAGCAAGAGAAGUCGCAGCAGCAAGACACGCACAGUCAAACAUUUUCCAAGAAAGAAAAUUCCCCACUUAGAAAGGAGGAGGAGGAACACUGGAUUAUUAUUUUUUGGGUCUUGACACUGGGCUGCAAAAUCCACCUUCCUUUCUACAGCCUCCCCUCACCCUCGACUCUCACGCGUCUUGUCGUCAUUUUCUGUCUCGGCUCCCUCCUCCCACUUCCCCACCCUCUGUGUCCUGGUCCUGCUGAGGGCCACCGCAGAUGAUUCUCAUUUGAAACGAGAAAAAGAAAGGAAAAGAAAGCAAGAACAGAAAACCAAGCCACAGAGGGGAAGUAGACAUUGUAUGUUUAUGGUUUCUCAUUAUGAAGGUGCAGCUUGUAGGAGAUUUGUAUGGAUGUGCUUCUAAGUUAUGUAUAUUACAUAUAACAGGAAACAAAUAUUAAAAUAAACAGUGCUGGUAAGUAUGAAGCUGACAUUUUAAAAUUCUAAUUAUCUGACUGUGAUUGAUGUAUUCCAAGGUUCCUAGAUCUCACUGAACUGGCCCAGCUAAGGAGACCCGGACUCUGGGUGUGGGCUGGCUCACAGUAGGGGCUGCCAGCUUCAGUGUAGUAAUACAGUGUGUGGUGUUUGUAAUUGGUUGAUUGGUGGGGAGGGUGGGGUCACCAAAUGGAGGGGAGAGGCUUGGCAAGAAAGAAGCAACACAGAUAUGGUCCAGAACAUGCUGGUCCGUGAUGCCUUCCCCCCAGGCAUGGCAGCCAGGGCCUGGUCUGUGUGCAGGCAUGGGGUCCAGUGUUAGGAUUCGGCUGUGCAGAUACCCCCAGCAGAGGUCUUCUGGCUCAGUUCCCCUACCUCUGUAGGGGUCUUGCUUUGGUUUUUAGUCCUCUCUUUUUUGCCACGUGUCUUGCUCUUCUCAUUGUGGUAACUAACUCCACAUCCAAAGGGAGGUGGGCCCUGGUCACGGACAGGAUGGGGGCUUUAACCCGGUUGUCUAAACAUUUUCAACUCAUUCUCUUCCUCUACCCCUUCCGUAUUCUGAAUCAUUUACCUUUCCUGGGCCAGAGUAGCCAUGGUAAAGAGGCCGUGAACACAGGGCAGCCCUGAUAGGUCUAAAUUGCAUUUCCGAAGGCCCCAGCUGAGGGUGAAAGGUGGUGUUACUCAAAGGCUUGAUCUAUCUAUGUAUAAGGCCCUGGCUUUGGAGACCUCCCCUUCCACUGGCAUCUGAGCCCUGAGCCUGUGUCCUUGGAGUCCCAACAAUUGCCUCGAGACCACAGAAGACCUUGGAGAAGAUCCUAUCCCAAGUUUGGCAUUUCCCUCGGGCACACACAGGCUUUCCCAGACUUGCCUGCCAAAAGCUGCUUCCUUGAGCUCAGAGAGUCCCUCUCCGAGGGGAAAUGUCCCACUGCACUUUAAUUUCUCAGUCCCUUUUGACCUCCCCAGUCCUGCUUCUAAAGCAGCCAGUGAAUUCGUUCAUUACAUAUUUAUUACCUACCUGUGCCAGGCACCAUUCUAGGGCUGAAGGAGAAAGUGUGAGGGGAGGGGAGGGAUGUGGAAAGCCGUCUGAGCCAGCCUUAGCAUCUCCAACCAUGGCUGGUCCCUCUGAGAGCAUUCCCUUCAUUGCCUUCAAGUUAUCCUGACAUUGCCCAGGAUAGAUGCACCCCCUUGACGUUUAGCAGGUACCCCAACAUACACACUUCACUGUUAGCUGGUGCUGGCCCAGGAAAGCAUUUGCCUCUGUGGGCAAAUGGGAAGAACGGGCAGAGAGCCCUGCACCAGGGCCAGGCUCCGAUGGCAGAGUCAGCCGCCUUCCCCCAGACCAGGCCGGUGGGCCCACUCCAGCUCCCCUGAGUGCGGGGCACACUUCCCACACACCAGGUUCUUUUUACAACCCUGGUGGAGAAACCACAGAACCUUCUUCCUACCCUUCUCAACUUGAGAACUCUCGCUCUUUUUGGCCAAGAAAGAAGCUGGUGUAGUUCCAUCCUCUCUGGGCCACUCUGUCUUUGUAGGAAUCAGGUGGUCUGAGCAGGAUGGGCACACCUCAGAGGAAGGAUCUUUGUUCUGGAUUUUGCCUCUGACCCCACUCCCCACUGAGAGUGUGACUUCAGGGUAGGGACGAGGUAACCAGGGUUUGGGAAGCUUUCAUCCUACGAGUUCUGUGACCUUCCUUCCACGGAGAGGCAGGUAGCGCCACCAGAGGAGAGGAGUGGCAAAGCCAAAUCUAGGGCACUGUUUCCUUCCCAUCCUCCUCUUCAGAGAGAACAUAGACACUUGUCUGUCUUCAACCUACUUUUCCUUUUUUGUCUUUUACGGUUCUCAUCCUUUCUGUACUGCCUCUCCACCCAGGAGGCUAAGUGGAAAAAUCCCCCGUGGGCAGUAAGGAGUGGCCAUCCUGGCUCAGCCUCUAACUCACCUUGUGACAUCGGACCAACUGCUUCCUGUUUUUAGGCCUCAGUUUCCCCACUCACAAAAUGAGCAAGUUGAACCAGAUGCUCACCAGGGGCUUUUCCCACUCUGCCAUCCUCCAGAUCGUCAUUUUCUCUUACUUUGCUUUCUCGGGAUCUUUUCCAUUGGGAGGGUAUAAGAAGUGCCAGGACCUGUUUCAGUUUUUUAAUCCUGCAACCACAUUCCAAGACUGGCCUGAAAUUGCAUGAGCAACAUCACUCUAAAUAAUUUUUUUUUUCAAAAGCACCUUACCAACCAACUGCGAUGCUGUCCUGUUCCUUUACUCACACCCCUCUCUCCUCUCUCGUCCCAGCGCUCCCCCACCUCAGUGCUCUGUGCUGUAUGCGUGUGCUCUCUGUUCUUGUAUACUCAAUAAAAGUGAAAUAAAUGUGUUUGAUGCUGAACCACAAA